UAGCACUAAUAUAUAUGAAUUUGAAGUAUGAUAUAUUUUCAAAGAUUUUUAAGCUAUCUUUCAAAGUAUCUUUUGCAAUAAAAAAUCUCAAUUUGCAUCAAAAAAUUGAAUAUUUCUGUUUAUUUUAAAACAUUUUGUCAUAAAACAUAUGUAUCUCGUGGCUAUAUUCAUGUAUCUCUUCUAUUCGUUGAUACUUUCUUUUUUCUUCGUGCAAUAAAGGAAACACGAAUAUUGUUAGUGAAACGUUGAGAGUUUUUACAUAAGAUUGUGCAAACGUAUCAUGUCCACGUAAUAAAAAAAGAAGAAGCAUUGGUAAUAACUGUAAAUAACCAUAAAUACAUAGUUACGUUGGAAAUAUAGAAGUAUGCGCCUAUUAUAAAUCAUAAAUAAUUAGUGUUAAUAAUUGUUAAAAGAAGAACACUGAAUAAAAAUGUUAUCUAUUGAAAGAAUCCCUGAUCAAAUUGGGUAUUUAGUAUUAACAGAGGAUGGAGCAGUAAUAUCGUCUGGUGGCGAUCUAGAGAAUGAUGAAAGAAUUGCUAGUGUUAUUGUGGGUUUAGUGAUGUUGACAAAUAAAAUAGACCCGAAAGCGUUUCCCAUGGGUGAAGGUUUUGAAAAAAUAUCAAUUACAUAUCCAGAUCACUGUUAUAUUAUUUGUCUCUCGAACAAAAAGAUCUACGUAGUAAAGAAAAAAUUAUCAUUGCCAGAAAAAAGUAUUGAACCACAACAGUUUAUUGAUAUUUAAAUGUGUAUGUGCGCGUGUAUGUGUAUGGUGAGUGUUAAUCAUUCGCAGUCAGUCAUUUUUUCAAUUUUCUUAAACUGAAAACCAGUUAAAAUAAAGAAAUUUUAAAAUUGGUCAUAGCAGAUUUCUAUUAUUAAAACAAGAAUAAAAAUUAUAAAAAUUAUUUUUAAGUAUCUGGCUUGUAAGAAAUUCUUUGAAGGUUCCUUGAAAUUAAAAAAAUUUUUCUGUUAUAAAUCUAUAUAAAAAAUAUAUUAAAUUUAUAGAUAUGAAAAAAUAAAAAAAUAUAUUUUAAAAUUCCUAAUCUAGGAUUAUAUGAAUGUAUUGAAUACAGUUUUGCUUAUAUGCUUUUAUAAUAUAGAAUAAACUACUUGUUAUUAUUCAUUAUUUUUAUUUAAUUCAUUACAUGUAUUUUAACAAAAAUCAGAAAAAUAUGGAAAAAUAAAAUUUACUACUUGUAUGAUAAAUCUGGAAAUAAUGACCUUUAUGUAAAGGAAUUAUGCAGGAUUUGCAUAUAAAGGACAUGUUAAUACAUUUUUCAUGACUAUUGCGGAUUCUACAUUUUUGCUUCGUUAUUCUAUUUUCUUCGAUCUUCGUGUUUAUUUUCCUCGAACUGUGUUUCGUGAUAUGGUUCGCUAUCAUUUUAAGCAUAGUUAAUAAGACAUAGUAAUAAUCCAGCAUGUAGGAAUCUUAGAUAAAAUCUUAGCGUUCGCUUUGUAUUUCUAUCGAUUGUAUUACAGUUCGAUUUGAAUACUUGGAAAAGAACGAUGGAUACGAAAAAAGCGAAUUAAAGCUAUUCAUAACCUUCCGCUUGUAACGUGCGCGACUUCAGCGACAUGUACGUACAAAAUAUGAACUACGAAUACGAGCAAGGAACACUAUCCCUACCAUACGUCCAUCGUAUCGACGUAUAAGCUUGUUAUUCCCUUCUACACGUUCAUAACAAUUGAUUUUGUGUAGAUAGAGUAAAUAAUUUAGUAGUUGUGAAUUCAACUUUUCAGCUCUCAUAUAUAUAUAUAUAUAUAUAUAUAUAUAUAUCUUGUUUGAACGUAACUCAUAUUUCUUUGAUAGUCGUACGCUACAAUGAUCCUAGAUAUUACAUCGGUACGUAUUUGUUUCACGAUAAAUGCUUUGAAAAUAAUAAAUAUAAUUGUCACAUAUAUAAAAAGUAAUGUAUAAAUUUGCGACAAAAAUAAGAUUCUGUCGAAUAUUUUCUUAAAAAUAAUUAAUGAAUGCUUAUAUAUUAUAUUAUUUUAAUACAAAUUAAAACGAGUUCUUUUCUACUCUAUUUAUAAGGUAAAACUCCCAAUGCUUUUUCUUUUACAUGUUCUCCUUUAUACUGUUUCAAGUACUACUACUGAUAUCAAUAACAAUAAUAUAAUAUAAUAUAAUGUAAUGUAAUAUGAUAUAAUAUAAUAUAAUAUAAUAAUAAUAAUAACGUACUUAAACAUAAUUGAUAUAUAUUAAACAGUAUAAAAACAAAUGUAUUACAAUCCUAAGAUAGUAAGAUAAAGAGAAACAAUAACGUACGAAAACAAAAGGACGUUCGUAUUUGUCAUCAUAGUGAUAUGUAUAAGGACGUAUUUAUCGAUGGGCGGUCAUGUAUUGAAAUUAUCAAGGAUACGAUUUGUUGAGAAUCGUGCGAUAAAUUAUGAUAUAAAAUGAGAUAUUUUUCUUUUUUUUUUGUUAAAAUAAAUUAUCAUAAUCAUAUGUUUCAUGAUGUACAUAAUAUAAGUAUAUUUUUGUAUCUCUUCUUAUUAUUUUUCUUAUUAUUAUAAUUAUUAUAUUACAUAUUAUAGUAAUAGUAAUAGUAAUAGUAAUAAUAAUAAUAAUAAAAACAUAAAGUGAACUACAAAUAUAAAGAGAUGAAAGCAAUCUUGUAAUAUAAACUUGUUUUAAUCUAUAAUAAAAAAUAAUAUAAUAUAUAUGUUCACUAAUUAUUAAUUUUGAAAAAAUAAUUAAUAAAUGUAUAUACUUUAUAAUCAUUUGUCAUCAAACAAAAUUAUACUGUUGUUAUGUUCUAUCUGGCAUAGGUCGUUGCAAAAUUCACAUCAAUCAUCAGUGAAGGAAAUAAAUAUAAAAGAUUGGAUAGUAAUAUCUAAUUAUAUUAUUGAGUAAGGAAAAAAAGAAUAAAUUAAUUUAUUAUUUUCGUUUACCUCAAUACAAUAAAAUUAAAAUUAAAGAAAAAGGAGAGAAAGAGAGAGAGAGAGAGAGAAACAUUGGAAUCAUUUAGUCUAGGAUCUACGAUUCUUGAAUUACGAAUGUAGAUGUUUGCCAAUGUACUAUACAUUGCUUAUAAAAUGUUUAUCUUUUUAAUCUAUAAAAUCUAAAGGAAUUACAAAUUGUUCAAAAAUUGAACAAUAUUGUAGAAAUUCACAUCCAUUGACAUAAAUGAUUGGACAUGUAUUUCCUUAUUUUUGCCAUAAAAUUGUCUGUACAAAGCUCAUUAAAAUGAUCGAGUGAGUUACUCUAACUUCUAAGUACAAGUAUCGCGAAACGCAUUUCUUUGCGUUUGGAAACGUUCAGAAAAUCUGAACAUCAGCUAUGCAUCAAAUGAACAGGCAAUCACUACUUUACGAAAACAAUAUAUACAUCCAAGCGUAUAUAUGAAAAUCAGUGUGAAGUACGAGCUUUUCUUUUGCCGCAAAUUUUGAAGAGUCCCACAGUACUAAAUCUUUUUUUCGCGAAAAAUGUCGAAAACAACAUUUACGCCAGCGAUGAGAAUAGACGUAAUUCUUAACCGAUUUUGAUGACCAAGGUCUUAUUUUAAAGGUGAAGGUUUAAUCUUAAAUCGGUUCCACUUUCUGAAUUUUUGAAAAACUUUAUAUUUAUUAAUAAACUAUUCCCGAAAAAAUACCAUUUUUUAAGACGAUUUUCAGAAGAAAUGAAGACAAUGAAGAAAUCAAGAAAAUGAAGAUUUUUCAAAAUUUCAAAAAGUAGGAUUGGUAGAUUAAACCUUCGUCUUUAAAAUGAGACCUUAUUCAUUAAAAUCGGUUAAGAAUUACGUCUGUUCUCAUCGCUGGCGUAAACCAUUAUAAAGCUAGCUAGGGAUGAUGAACAGCCUAUAGAAAUGCGGUCAUAUAAAUUAUGGUAUUAUCCAAAGAAGGAUAUUCCAUAAGAGAAAUUAUAGAAAAGUAGGAGUUUUAAAGUUUUACGUAAGCUACAGUGUUCAAAAAUACGUUGCUGCAGAAGAUUGUUUAUCCAAAAAAAGAUUUGGAAAGACCAGAAAAACGACCCAGACGGAAGAUCAACACGUUGUAAUUAUCAGUAAGAAAAAUAGAAAAAAUACAGAGGUGAAGCAAAAGUUAAUACGUCCAAAAAUACGACGAUUUUGGUAUCAACAGUUAAAAAGGCAUCUUAAAGAGGAUGGUCUUUGUGUUGCGAUAAAGAAACCAUUUUUGAGGGAACAAAAUAAAAAGAAAAGACUUCAGUGAGCCAUGUAUUAUAAAAAUUGAAUAUUGGAAGAGUGAUGAAAGGAUAAAAAUGGUGAGAUUUUAUGAGAAUAAAGUGCCCACGUACUUACGAGCAGUAGCGUACAUAAAUUUCUAUCAAUGGUAAUUAAAAAUAAUAUGAGAAAGGAUGUAAAAUUUACAUCAAUGGUUGCAAAUGUAUUAAGCAUUUAUAUUUUUCUCCUUUACAAAAUAUUAAAAAAUAUAUGAUAUUAAAAAAUAUUUAUAUAUUUAUAAUUAUUAUGUAUAAUUCAUAUUUAUGUAUAAUAUAUAAUUUAUAUUUGUA